UAAGCAGAGAAGAAUUUGAGUUUGGAUACAAGUACGUGAUUUUGUUUUUUUGAGACAAAGUGUUUGCUCAGUGUUGCUGCGCUUCCAUUCGCAAAGCACACAGUAAAUUCUAACGAAACAAGCAUUUAUAACUUUUUUUCAUAGUCGCUACUUCGUUGACGGAGACGUUCGAGUUGAGGAAAUUUUUGAAGAAUUCGAUCCUUUUGAUACGGGAUUCAUCGAUUAUAUUACCUGGUCGAUGAUGUUAUCACCGCAGGAUCUACCCAAAAUAGUCAGGAAUUGUCAAACUACGGGGCGUUUGUCUCGCGCGUGCCCUACCGAUGAGGAAAUCGAGUUACUUAAUGUUAUUUACAAUCGAGGUCGAAAGCUUGGCAAGGAAGCUGCGGAAUCCGGUGUGCGACUUUUGAUUGAUGCUGAGCAAGCUCGAUACCAACCUGCUAUUGACAACCUCGUUCUGGAAUUGCAACGCCAGUUCAACGUCGGUGAUCGCCCGAUUAUUUACAACACGUACCAAUGUUACCUUCGUGACUGUCCUGAACGAUUGCGAACGGAUGUAGCACGCUCGGAGCGAUUUCGAUACCAUUUUGGAGCCAAACUCGUCCGCGGUGCAUACAUGGAGAGUGAGCGUGAUCUGGCAGCAUCGAUGAAUUUACGCGACCCAAUUCACCCGACGAUUGAAAAGACUCACGAGUGCUAUGAUAAUUCUGUAGAAUACCUUCUACGACAUAGUACAGAAUCAGAUUUGAAUGUGGAAGUAAUGUGUGCUACUCAUAAUCAGGCCAGUAUUACAAAUGCGAUAAACUCGAUGAACUCAUUGGGAAUAGAUCGAAGGGCAAGCACCAUAUGCUUCGCCCAACUAUAUGGGAUGAGCGAUCAGCUGGUGAGUGAAUUAUAGAGCGUAGCAUGAUUUGUCAAUUUUUCAAUCAGUCCCAAUAUAUUAUAGUCGUCUAUCGAGAUCAAGACUAAUAGAUUUUCACUUUUGUGCAUGUAUCAUUUCAAACACAAUAUAUAAAAUCUUCAUCGUGCAUUACUGCAACGUAUCGUCCAUUGCACCCAACUGGAUACGAACACCUGGUGAAAAACAAAGACUUUCAAUCUUGGCAAUCGCAGAUAUCGAUCAUACAAGUAUGUACCAUAUGGGAAAGUUAAUGAGGUGAUGCCCUAUCUCUUGCGUCGGGCGAAAGAAAACAGCGCUAUUGUGGGCGGAGCCACUUUGGAACUAGAAUCGAUCAAAGCAGAGCUUAAAACCAGAUUCACAAUCAAAAUAUGAAUGUGCCUGUUCUCUGUUCUACGAGAUCUACAAUUCUUC